AUGGGGAAGAAGAAGGGAAAGUCUCUCUCUUCUUCUCCCUCCCCUUUCCCUGCCUCCUCUCCUCCUUCUGCUCACUCGGCCCAGCCGCCUUCCGCUGGCAAACAGACCAAAAAACCCCGCUUCUCGCCUCCCUCUGAAUCUUUCGCUUCUUCGCCUCAUCCCUCAAAGUUUCUCUCUUCCUCUUCUUCCUGCUCUUCUUCUUCUUCCUCUUCUUCUUUCUCCCCUCCCACUGCUCAGGAGCGACUUGCAGCAGCGUAUGCGACAAGCUUGUCAAGUUCUGGCCUUUCGAGUCUCUCUCACCCUCUCUACGCCCGCCUCUACCGGCAAGACGCUGUUUCGCGUUCUUCUCCCGCUGCAGAUGGAAGUUUUCUACAAGAAAUUCUCGAACUCUGUCCGUUGCAGACGCCGGCGGCGAGUCUGGUGGAGAGCAAGCUGUCGAAUCGCGCGGUUCGCCUCGACACGUUGCGGUGUGCGUCCUCGAAGACUUCACCGGAUGCCCUUGGCUCUGCGCCCGUUCUCGGCGGGGCGCGCGCCUCGGGGAAAACUCGCGAGCGAAGAAAAGACGCGCUGAAACUCUCCCGGACGCAGGCGAAGCGCCUCGGCCUCUUUGCAGUCAGCCACGAAACCUGCGGGGGCCGGACAGGCGACGCCGGAAGACACCCGAGAGCGCCAGGCGCGACAUCUCAGACAAGACACGCGCGCGCGUCUCAGACCAACAGCGAAGUUCGCCAAGAAGGUGAGAGGGACUCGAGGGUCAAAGACAGUCAAACGCCAUCGGAGAAAAAACACCGAGGCGCGGCGACGGAGGAGGGAGAGCUGGAUGUGGAGAUGGCGGAGGCCGACGUUUCUUCCAGCGACCCGUCUCCCUGCUCUGCGGUCUCCGACUCCCCGCAGUGUGAGAGUCUCCAGGGGGUCAGUCCCUUUGAGGCGUUGCUCGCCUCGUCUUUCUCGGGACUCCGCUACGAACAUUUAGAGGGUCUGCAUGCGCUCUGGCUCCAGUACACUGCGGCGGUGUGUGGAGCGCGAGAAGCGGCGGCGCCGCGAGACGAGCCGGCGGAAGGGCGAGAGAGACAGGCAGGCCUGGACGGGCCGAGCGCAUCUUCGGUCUCGCCUUUUCUCUCAAAGAAGGCGCGAAAAGAAGAACGGAAGACGCGCGACGCGGCCUCGUGGCAGAAGGCCUUCGACCGCUGUACCGUCAUGAGCAAAGCAGACCUCCAUGGCGCCAAGGUGAAAGUCGUUCGAUCCAAGACGCCCGCCCUCGUUGGACGCGAGGGCAUCGUCGUGGAAGAGACACAGCAGUCCCUCCUGCUUCUCGGAGAAGACCAAGCGCUGCGCCGCGUGAUGAAAGCGGGGGCCGUGCUGAGCGUCGAGGGUCUGGACGGCAGCACCUUCUUCCUGCAUGCGCAACACUUACAACACAGCGCCGUCGCUCGGUCAAAAACGAAAUUGAAACCCAAGCAGUCGCUCGCUCUCGAGUAA